AAGUACACUCCACUCAAGAGAACUCUGUACUUUGCACUUUGGUUAAAGUCUCAUUUAGAUUUAAAUUUCUGAACUUUUCUAAAGAAAUUAAGUUUUCUUUGAUCUCCUCUCUUGUAAAUUGCAGGAAUCAGAUAAAAUUUUUUGAUAAAAUGACUUCAUGCCAUGUUGUUAAAGAUUCCAUUAAAAAAGUUGCUAUCUUUGGAGGAACUCACGGCAAUGAGCUAACAGGAGUAUUUCUAGUUAAGCACUGGCUAGAGAAUGGCACCGAGAUUCAGAGGACAGGGCUGGAGGUGAAACCAUUUAUCACCAACCCAAGAGCAGUGAAGAAGUGUACCAGAUACAUUGACUGUGACCUGAAUCGAGUUUUUAACCCUGAAAAUCUUGGCAAAAAAAAUUCAGAGGAUUUGCCAUAUGAAGUAAGAAGGGCUCAAGAAAUAAAUAAUUUAUUUGGUCCAAAAGACAGUGAAGAUUCUUAUGACAUUAUUUUUGACCUUCACAAUACUACCUCUAACAUGGGGUGCACCCUAAUUCUUGAAGACUCCAGGAAUGACUUUUUAAUUCAGAUGUUCCAUUAUAUUAAGACUUCUUUGUCUCCAUUGCCCUGCUACGUGUAUCUUAUUGAGCAUCCAUCCCUCAAAUAUGCAACCACUCGCUCUAUAGCCACAUAUCCUGUUGGUAUCGAAGUUGGUCCCCAGCCUCAAGGGGUUCUGAGAGCUGAUAUUUUGGAUCAAAUGAGAAAAAUGAUUAAAUAUGCUCUUGAUUUUAUACAUAAUUUCAAUGAAGUAGGAAAAGAAUUUCCUCCUUGUGCUAUUGAAGUCUAUAAAAUAAUGGAGAAAGUUGAUUAUCCCAGGAAUGAAAAUGGAGAAAUUGCUGCUAUCAUCCACCCUAAUCUGCAGGACCAAGACUGGAAACCAUUGCGCCCUGGGGAUCCUGUGUUUUUAACUCUUGAUGGAAAGACUAUUCCAUUGGGUGGAGACUCUACUGUGUACCCGGUGUUUGUAAAUGAGGCCGCGUAUUAUGAAAAGAAAGAAGCUUUUGCAAAGACGACUAAACUAACACUCAAUGCAAAAAGUAUUUGCUCUGCUUUACAUUAGAAAUCACUUCUAGUUCACUUGUCAUACAGUAUCCUGAGAAACUCUACUAGUCUGUAAGCCCUCAAAGGGCAGGAUUGUGCUUCAUUUAAUGUGCCUUAUGCAAAUCCAUAGCACCUAGCUUAGUGCCUUGCACACAGUGGGCAUUUAGGCAAAUUUCCUGAAUGAAUGAAUAAAUAAAUUAAUAUCUUUUAGAGGUACCAUAUUGUGUACAUAGCUUUUUCAAAGAAGUGCACUUCUUAUCUCUGUAUAGCUUUUUAUACAUCAUAUUUUGAUAGUUUAACAUUCUUAAUAAAUGGUUUUUAAAUUCAAAUUUUUACAUUGAAAUGGUUACUGUAUAUAAAAAGUUAUUAACUUGAGCAUAGAAUUAAGUGCAUGUUUUCAAAUAAUGGAUAAUGCAGCUAGGAACCAAUGGUGCAGACUUACUAUUUUUUAUUUUUUUAUAUUUAAACGCAUGCUAAUUUCUUAAGUAUCCAGUCUAUGAACCUUAGCAAGAGUUGUGAUACCCAUAAAAGAUUUUUAAAUGCUGUUUUGAAGAUGAAAUGUGAACGAGAAAUGUUGGCUAAUUGUAAAGGUGACAUGAAUAAAUCAAAAGCCUCUGAA